AAUCCUUUCAAAUCUCUCUACAAAACAAUAACAAUGGAAGCAACCCAUCUUCUUCUCCUCCUCCUACUCAUGUUUCUCUCUCCACUAGCUCUAACCUCGACAGAAUCCAUGGCAGUGACACCCAGAAAGAUGGCCCAGUCCAACCCUCAAAUCACUGUCAUGGGUAUGGUCUAUUGCGACAUCUGCUCCAAUAACACAUUCUCCACUCACAGCUACUUCAUCCCAGGAGUUGAAGUGAGAAUAGAUUGUUUGUUCAAAGCAAAGUCUCCAAGAACAGCUGAGCUAAUAUCGUUCUCUGUGAACAGAACCACAGAUAGAAAUGGAAUCUAUAAGCUGGAAAUAGCUUCUGUAGAUGGGGUUGAAUGUGCUAGAGAAAGAUCUGUGCAAACUUCUUGUAGGGCGAGUCUUAUCAAGAGUUCAUCUUCUUCAUCUUGUAAUGUUCCUGGUCGUAUAACUACUUCUGAUGAAAUAACUAUCAAAUCUACUCAAGCUAAUCUAUGUAUUUAUAGUAUGAAUUCUCUCAAUUAUAGGCCGUCUAAACAUGAUAUGGCUUUGUGCAAGACUGAUUAAUUACUUUUAUCAAUUAGUAUGUUGUGCCUUUUAUUUUCAGAUCUAUGUUGUGUUUUGUACCCAAAUAUAGGGCCCUUUAUAUAAAAAAGAUUCAAUAAUAUUGUGUAAAUUAUUGGUCUCAA